AUGUUGAGCACAACUUUUACUCUGCUGGCAACAGCAUUACUAUCCUCCGCAGCUCCAGUUGACAAACGCUCGGUCAGUGGUGCUGUUAUCACAACCGACUUUCCCGACCCAUCGAUUGUCAGUAUCAACAACAAAUGGUGGGCCUUCGGUACCCAAUCCCUGUAUGACUACAAGAACAUCCACAUCCAAGUUGCUACCUCUUCCGACUUUAACUCUUGGUCUCUUCACGCCAAUCAAGAUGCCUUGCCAAACUUGCCUGGCUGGGUUGAUCAGAGCAACCCUUUGGUCUGGGCUCCUGAUGUCAUGCACAUGGGCCCUUAUAGCCCAUCACCAGACCCAUGGUACUGUCCUGUCGACCAAGGCGGUGCCAUUGAUGCAGCGGGCUUCAGAGACGCAGACGGAACCUGGUAUAUCACCUACAAGAUCGACGGCAACGCCAUGGGCCACGGAGGCAUCUGCAACAAUGGCAAUGCCCCCAUCGUCAACACCCCCAUCAUGAUCCANAAAGUCGGCGCAGACGGCAUCAGCAAGCAAGGCAGCCCGUCCACUAUCAUGAACCUGCAAGCCUCCGAUGGUCCAGACGUUGAAGCCCCUGCCAUGAUCAGAAGGGGAAACACAUAUAUCCUCAUGUUCAGCUCUCACUGCUAUAGUACAGACAGCUACGAUACACUAUACGCCACCAGUAACUCUCCCACUGGAGGGUUUGUGCGAGGUGGAAGUCUCGUGGGAGGUGGAAGAGGUGGUUUGGAUGCCUCGUUGGAUGCCACUCAUGUUGCUUUUCAUGGACUUCAGGAUGAUGGACGCAGAUUCAUGUACACUGGUAUGCUCAACAUCAACGGCAACACAGUUACGCUGUAA